AUGGACGAAGUCUUGCUGUUGCUGUUGAACAAGAACAGUUGCAAUUUCGACAGCCUGAAUAGCGAUGUAGUUGUCAAGACAAGCACUGGCAGAAUGAUAGCGAGGCUGAACUGGACUGCCGGACUCGAAGUCGGCCCGCGAUAUCGGAGUUCGGGAUUACAAACCACUCUCUGUUACAAACUACCCUAUGGCGGGGCAAUAGGCAACCUUUGCCAUGGCGACAACACAAAUCAGUGGGCGCGGUAUCCGCAUUGCGAUAGAUGUAUGUGUUCUCGUGGAGCUUUGGAGCCGAAUCUGACCACUCAGCGCGGCGGAACAUUCACAGACUGUGUCGGGAAUCCGGGUACAGGUCGGAUGGAAGAUGAUGUGAUUAUCAAACUUCUCUCUGUCGACCCCUCCAACUAUGAUGAUGCGCCACUCGAAGGUAUCAGGCGUCUGUUAUCCAAGUUCACUGGCACUGAAAUCCCGCGCGGCCAGCCGCUUGAUACGUCCAAAAUCGAGAGUAUACGCAUGGGCACCACGGUGGCUACCAACGCCCUACUUGAGCGCAAGGGUGAAAACAUCGCCAUGGUCGUGACCAAGGGAUUCAAAGACUGUCUGGAGAUUGGAAACCAGAGUCGACCAAACAUCUUUGCGCUGGAUAUACGGAAGCCAGAGGUCCUGUACAAGCGCGUCGUUGAAAUCGAUGAGAGGGUUACACUGGAGGACUACGCCGAGGAUCCAGAGAGAACAUCGACAGAUGCGAAGACGAUUGAAGAGGCUGGCCCAGACGCUGAGUUGGUAAGAGGCCUUUCUGGAGAGACAGUCAGGAUAUUACAAAGACCGCAAGAGGAGGCGAUAAGGAGGCAACUGCAAGACGUCUAUGACAGCGGCUUAAGAAGCAUCGCCGUGUGCUUGAUGCAUGGAUACACGUACCCCAACCACGAAGCCUUGGUUGGGAAGAUAGCCAGAGAAAUUGGCUUCGAGCAUGUCAGUUUGAGUCACGAGCUCAUGCCCAUGAUCAAAUUGGUGCCACGAGCAACAUCAGCCUGCGCCGACGCAUAUCUCACACCCGCCAUUCGCAAAUACAUUGAUGGCUUCUCUAAAGGAUUUGAAGGUGGUCUUGGAUCUAAGAGUGUCAAGAAAGAGCAGGGCUCCAAGGGUGCGCGAUGCGAAUUCAUGCAGUCGGAUGGUGGGCUAGUCGACGUCGACAUUUUCUCUGGACUGAAAGCCAUUCUUUCGGGGCCGGCUGGAGGUGUUGUGGGAUACGCACUCACAUCAUAUGAUUCAGAGACGAAGAUCCCUGUCAUCGGCUUCGACAUGGGCGGGACCAGUACAGACGUGAGCAGAUAUGGUUCCGGGCGGUACGAUCAUGUUUUCGAGACAACCACUGCAGGUGUUACUAUUCAGUCGCCUCAGCUAGAUAUCAACACCGUCGCAGCCGGAGGUGGAUCACGGCUUUUCUGGAAGAAUGGAUUGUUUGUAGUUGGGCCUGAGUCUGCUAGCGCACAUCCCGGACCAGCAUGUUACCGUAAAGGCGGCCCUUUGACCAUCACAGACGCCAACCUCUUUCUCGGUCGUCUCUUACCCGACUUCUUCCCCAAAAUCUUUGGCAAGAAUGAAGAUGAGGGCCUGGAUGCUACAGCCAGCGAAAAGCUUUUUAAGGAGCUGGCACAACAAAUCAAUCAGGAAGUAGCUGGCGGUAAUAAAGAAAAAGAAAUGUCUCUGGACGAGAUCGCAAAUGGUUUCAUCAAGAUCGCCAACGAAACGAUGACUCGACCUAUCCGCAGCUUGACUGAAGCGCGUGGACACGACACUUCCAAACACAGGCUUGCUACUUUCGGUGGCGCAGGAGGACAACAUGCGGUUGCUAUUGCGGAAGCCCUUGGAAUCUCACAGAUCCUGAUACAUCGAUACUCGUCUGUGCUAUCUGCAUACGGCAUGGCCCUAGCCGACGUUGUAGACGAACGACAAGAACCUGAGUCUAAAGUCUGGUCCGACCAGAAAGACGUGAGAGAAUAUCUGCAGAACAAAAUGGCCGACUUAAAGAGCAAAUCCACCGCCACGCUGAAAGAGCAGGGAUUCCGAGAAGAGAACAUUCAAUUCGAAGAGUAUCUCAACUUGAGGUAUCGUGGCACAGAGUCUGCUCUUAUGAUCGUCAAGCCAACAAAGGAAGAAGCGGAGAAAGAGUAUGACGGCGAUGAGUGGGCGUUUGGCAAAGCUUUUGUCAAGCAGCAUGAUCAGGAGUUUGGUUUCACGCUACCGGAUCGUGAUAUCAUCGUUGACGACGUGCGUGCCCGUGGUAUUGGAAAAUCAUUCCAAGGUCUUGAGAAGAGUGUUGAUAAACAGCUCAAGGAAAUCACACCGAAGGACCUACCCCGCGAUGCAAAGCGAUACGAUAGUCGUAAAGUCUUCUUCGAGGGUGGUCGUCAAGACACCUCUAUUUACAAACUCGAAGAUCUGGAUGUAGGCGACAGAGUCAGAGGCCCAGCCAUCAUUGCAGAUGGCACACAAACGAUUGUUGUAACACCUAGCGCUACUGCGCUUGUUCUUAAUACACAUGUUGUGAUCAACAUUGGGGAGAGUGAUGGCAUGGAGAAGCCAAUCGACACAAAAGAGGUAGAUCCCAUCCUACUCAGCAUAUUCGCCCAUCGCUUCAUGGCAAUCGCAGAGCAGAUGGGUCGGGCACUGCAGAAAACUAGUGUGUCUACCAAUGUAAAAGAGCGGUUAGACUAUUCUUGUGCACUCUUCGAUGAGAAUGGCGGGCUAGUUGCAAACGCUCCCCAUUUGCCGGUUCACCUGGGCAGUAUGUCUACUUGUGUUCGCAAGCAAGCCGCCAUAUGGAAGGGAAAGCUAAAGAAGGGCGACGUCGUCAUGUCCAAUCACCCCAUGUUUGGCGGAACGCAUCUACCUGACAUCACGGUCAUUACACCUGCCUUUUCUGGAGACAAAAUUCUCUUUUAUGUUGCUUCACGUGCUCAUCAUGCAGACAUUGGUGGUAUCCUACCUGGCUCCAUGCCUCCGGCUUCCAAGGAGCUCUACCAGGAGGGCGCUGCCAUCAAGUCGGAAAAACUUGUCUCAGAGGGACAUUUCAACGAAAAGAGGGUAGUUGAGUUGUUGUUUGAUGAACCCGGCCAGUACCCAGGAUGUUCAGGAACGCGGUGCUUAAGCGACAACAUCAACGAUCUCAAAGCACAGGUCGCUGCAAAUCAGAAAGGUAUCAAUUUGAUCAGCACACUCAUGUCAGAUUACGGCGAACAAGUUGUAAAGUUUUACAUGACCUCCAUCCAAGCCAAUGCGGAACAAUCCGUGCGCUCUUUACUCAAGGACGUUUACAAACGCUUCGAGGGCCAGGACCUCUCCGCAGAAGAGUUCAUGGACGAUGGUAGCCCUAUUCGUCUGAAAGUUACUAUCGACCCAGAGAAGGGCGAGGCCGUUUUUGACUUCACUGGCACUGGGCCAGAAGUCUACGGCAACAUCAAUGCACCCGAAGCUGUCACAUAUUCCACUUAA